AUGGCAGAAGGCACACGGUUCAAAGAAUUAGAGAAGCUAGUUCUUGGGUUGAAGCAACAUCAAGAACUCCAAGACCAGAGAGUUGCAGAUCAUCAGAGUGCUUUGGAAGGACUGAAUUCAAAGAUGGACAUUUUGCUGGAAGCACUGAAUGGAGGUAGAACUGAUCGAAAUGGAAAGGGCUCACAUAUGGAUGGGGGUCACAUUGGCAACACCUCUAUGAAUUCUGGCAUGCAGUUUCGUAGCAUUAAAUUAGACUUUCCAAGAUUUCAUGGUGACGACCCAUCGGGAUGGAUCUAUAAGGCAAAUCAUUAUUUUGCCUUACACCCCAUGCCAGAUGGACAAAAGAUUCUGAUGGCCUCGUUUUAUAUGGAGGGAAAUGCCUUGGUUUGGUUUCAAGAUGCUGAGGAGAUUGAUUCUUUCAAUUCUUGGCAUUCUUUUAUUAAGGCUGUUCAGUCUAGAUUUGGCAGCUCUUCUUAUGAUGACCCUAUGGAGGCCAUUACAAGGUUAAGGCAAACUUCUACAGUUGGUGCCUACAAAACUCAAUUUGAGGUCCUUUCUAAUCGAUUGAAAGGGUUAUCUGAAAAUUAUAAACUUUCUUGCUUCUUGAGUGGCCUUAGGGAUGAAAUACGACUCCUUGUGCGAAUGUUGCACCCUCAGUCCUUAAAUACUGCUUUUGGAUUAGCUAAGAUCCAAGAGGAGUAUAUUACCAGUACUAGGGGCAACAAUAGACUCCAUUCCCCUUGUCAUUCUGCUCCUAAUGAAGUCCACCACUCACUUCUUGGUAACUCCAUGAGGAAGGAAGGAACUUCUGGUCCCAAGCCCACCCCCUUCAAAACCUCAGUUCCUUUUCAGAAACUUACACCAGCAGAAAUGAAAACAAAAAGAGACAAAGGAAUCUGUUACUUCUGUGAGGAUAAGUGGCAACCUGGUCAUAAGUGUAAUAAGGUCAAGUUCUUUGAAAUGGCAGGAUUAGAAUGGUUACAAGAUUCUGCGAAGGAAGAGGCUGGUCCACAAGAGUCACAAGAACCUAAUGAACCUGUGGAAGUCGAGACAGAGGUACCUGAGAUCUCAUUCCAUGUAAUAGCAGGCUGUAUAAGCCCGAAAACUAUGAGAGUACAUGGCAAAAUCAAGAACUGCUCAGUUAUAGUUCUGGUUGACACUGGCAGCACACAUAACUUCCUUGAUCCUAUGAUAGCAAGGAAGGUGGGGUUAGCUGUCAAGCAAGGUGGUCAGAUUACAGUAAGGGUAGCCAAUGGGGAAAGCAUGAAUGGUGAAGGUCUGGUCCAACAAGUACAGUUUCAGAUGCAAGGCCAUAAUUUCACGACUGAUUUCUUCCUCCUACCAUUGGGAGGUUGUGAUGUGGUGGUUGGCAUGCAAUGGUUAAGAACCUUAGGUCCUGUUUUAUGGGAUUUCAACAAUCUCACAAUGACCUUCACCAGUGGCAAAGGUUCUGUCACACUGUUGGGCUUGAGCUCUAGCAAGCCUGAGUUUGUGGCAGAUGUUCAGAUUUGCCAACUCACUAUGGUGGAAAGGAAGGGAAUGCUACUUCAGCUAGUGCACAACGAGCCAACUCAAGCAAUGGGCAACUAUGCUGCUGACAUUGAGGCAGUAUUGGCUAAAUAUGACCAUGUCUUUGCUGAACCAAAGGGAUUGCCUCCAAGAAGGUCUCGAGAUCAUCAAAUAAACCUUAAAGAGGGCACCAUGCCAAUCUCUGCUCGACCUUACAGGUAUCCCUUCUUCCAAAAAACUGAAAUAGAAAAAAUAGUAAAAGAAUUGUUGGCUGCUGGAGUCAUAAGGAGCAGCCAAUCCCCCUUUUCAUCACCUGUCCUCUUGGUAAGAAAAUCUGAUGGAUCAUGA